GCCCCGGUACCCUCCCUGUGGUCUUCCUUCCGUCACUUCCGGCGAGCUUCUCGCGGUUUCUGGGUUUCAGACCGGUGGCCUCAGCUGUGAAGAGGGAGCUCUGCGUUUCUAUUGUAAGAUUCAGGAAGAGAAGCGGCGUCAACCAAGCGCUGUCAGUCAUGUUCUCUUUCAACAUGUUUGACCACCCGAUCCCCCGGGUCUUCCAGAACCGCUUCUCCACGCAGUACCGCUGCUUCUCCGUGUCCAUGCUAGCAGGGCCUAAUGACAGGUCAGAUGUGGAGAAAGGAGGGAAGAUAAUUAUGCCACCCUCAGCCCUCGAUCAACUCAGCCGGCUCAACAUCACCUAUCCUAUGCUGUUUAAAUUGACCAAUAAGAAUUCAGACCGCAUGACACACUGUGGUGUGCUGGAGUUUGUUGCUGAUGAAGGCAUCUGUUACCUCCCCCACUGGAUGAUGCAGAAUUUGCUGUUGGAAGAAGGGGGCCUGGUUCAGGUGGAAAGUGUCAACCUUCAAGUGGCUACCUACUCUAAGUUCCAGCCUCAGAGCCCGGACUUCCUGGAUAUCACCAACCCUAAAGCAGUAUUAGAAAAUGCAUUGAGAAACUUUGCCUGUCUGACCACUGGAGAUGUGAUUGCUAUCAACUACAAUGAGAAGAUCUAUGAGCUGCGGGUGAUGGAGACCAAACCUGACAAGGCCGUAUCCAUUAUUGAAUGUGACAUGAAUGUGGAUUUUGAUGCUCCCUUGGGCUACAAAGAACCAGAAAGACCAGUGCAGCAUGAGGAGUCAAUAGAGGGAGAAGCUGACCACAGUGGCUAUGCUGGAGAGGUGGGCUUCCGUGCCUUCUCUGGAUCUGGGAAUAGACUGGAUGGAAAGAAGAAAGGGGUCGAGCCCAGUCCCUCCCCAAUCAAGCCUGGAGACAUUAAAAGAGGGAUUCCUAAUUAUGAAUUUAAGCUUGGUAAAAUCACUUUCAUCAGAAAUUCACGUCCAUUGGUCAAAAAGGUUGAAGAGGAAGAAGCUGGGGGAAGAUUCGUCGCUUUCUCUGGAGAGGGACAGUCGCUGCGUAAGAAGGGAAGAAAGCCCUAGGUCCAAACUGUUGGCUGACUGGAAAAUAAAAGAUGCGAUUGCAA